AUGUACGGAGUCAUUUUGGAAAGCGUGUCUCAGAUGAUCAGGAACCAUUAUGGUGAGAAGACUUGGCUAGAGAUCCGCAGUAAAGCCGACAUUGAUGAGUAUACCUUUGUGACCCAUGACAUCUACGGUGAAUGGGUGCUGCCUCAAAUUACUAGGGCAGCGAGCGAAGUUCUUAGCGUGUCUGAGGAUGAAAUCAUGAAUGCAUGCGGCCUCUUCUUCGUCUCUUUCAUGUCCAAAUACGGUUACGAUGAUCUCAUGAGUUGCGUAGGCCGAACCAUGAGUGAAUUUUUCAAUGAACUUGAUAACCUCCACGAGUACCUCCGCUUCAGUUACCCGAAGCUCCGAUCGCCUAGCUUUUUCUGUAUAGAUGAGAAUGAGAAGGGGAUAACCCUUCAAUACAAAUCAAAAAGACGGGGGUUGACCCACUACGUGAUGGGGCAGAUUACUAUAAUCGGCCGUGUUUUCUACGACAUAGAAAUAGAUAUUGAAAUCGUAAAUAACGUUUAUAAAAACGGCUUUCAAUAUGUAACAUACUUAUUAAACUUCGACAACAAACAUUUUCGAAAGAAAUCUGAGACGGGUUUUCCCUUGAUGGAAAACAGUUUCAUGAAAAAGGCCAAUUCCCUGCAGCCGACACAUCUUUCUAAACUAUUUCCAUUCCACAUUGUGUUUGACGAUUCUAUGACCAUAAAAGAUUUAGGUGAUGUAUUCUACACAGCUAUGCCAUACCUUAUAGGGAGACACAUUGACGAAGAAUUUGAUCUGAUAAGACCCUAUAUAGAUUUUCGCUGGGAAUCGGUGAAGUACAAUUUAUUCAUAAUGAAAAGCUUGGACGUGAUGGCUGCAGCUGGAUUGUAUAUGAAUGAUUUUAGAAUUCACGAUUCCAGUCGUGAUCUUAUUAUGGCCGGAACACAUGUAUCCCCUCUACUGAAGAUGGCUCUUGACCAGGAACAACGUAAAAGUGCUCGAUUGGAAGAGAGCAUGAGACAGUUAGACGCAGAAAUAAAGAAAACUGAUGCAUUACUGUACCAGAUGAUUCCGAAGCCUGUAGCAAAAAAACUUCGCAAUGGAGACUCCGUGGAAAGUACAUGCGAGGUGUUCCCGUGUGUGACCAUUUUGUUCAGUGAUGUGGUAGGGUUCAAUUCCAUAUGUUCUAGAAUCACUGCAAUGGAGGUUGUUAAAAUGUUGAAUAACAUGUAUGUGAAGUUUGAUAAACUCAGCGAACAGUAUGAUGUCUACAAGGUGGAGACAAUUGGAGAUGCUUACAUGAUAGUGUCCGGGGCACCGACACCGACGGACGACCACGCAAUGAUGGUGUCUGAAAUGGCUCUGUCCUUGAUGAAUGCUAUGAGUGACAUGAAAGACCCCGGCACAGGUGAAAGCUUGAAAAUACGUGCAGGCAUUCACUCAGGAGGAGUAGUCGCAGGAGUAGUUGGCGUCAAGAUGCCCCGGUACUGUUUGUUCGGUGACACUGUCAACACCGCCUCAAGGAUGGAGGCUACCAGUGAAGCGCAGUGCAUACAUAUCAGUGAAGCUACUAGGGACAUCCUAAGUAAAAGUCCGUAUAUAAUCGAAGAAAGAGGCCAAAUCGAAGUUAAGGGAAAAGGAUUUAUGAACACAUAUUGGUUGAAAGGUCGUACAUAUGCUUCUCUGCCAUUCAGUGUUUUCAAAAUCAUCAUGAGAGCAACUCAUCGUAGGUUUAGCUUGCAUCAGCCAGUUGAAGAGUCGUGAAGCGUCGUGUCUUCGGCAAGACUUAAGGGUCGGCGUGUCCAACCUUCGCCAACCACCACAGUUUCUUUUAGUGGUGCUAUAUUACUUCUUUUUAAGAUUAUUUUAAAAAACAUUUACAUAUUUUAGGCUAUUUGUAAAGUUUCAAAUUUUAUACAUUGUGUUACCUUCUCAAUUUUUUUGAAAAACUAUCUUUUGUGUUAUCUUAACUGUUACAGAUCGAACAAAUACUUUGUAAAUUUCUGCUGUGUGUAAUUAUGUUAUUUUUGCAUUAUAUUACAAUGUCGUGUAAUUUCAAGAAUAAAUGCAGUGCUGAAUGAAAAUUGCGCUCAGGUCUGCAUUCAUCUGCCAUACAGUUCUACAGUCAGGGGUGCAUAAGACGUACGGAAAUACUCACCCCUUAAGUAUAAUUAAAAUUAUGAUUAUCUUUUUAAUCGAUAAUGUCAGACAAAUACAGUAGAUGUUGAUAUAGAUCUAGGCCAUAAUAAAAAUAAGAAAUAGAACUGCUAGUUAGUGAUAACAACCGAUACCGUAAGCCGAUGACUCACUGCCUCGUGAUGCUUUUAGUGAUGGGCGGUAGCAGCUUGGUGGCAGUCUGAACGAAUCGUCAUUUAAAGCGAUCCGUUGAGCGCGCAUCGUUGCGUUGCGUUUCACUAUAGAAUCGCGUCGGUCGGCUUUCUUCCACCAGUAAUUCGGUUAAACAGCAAUUUCUUGUCAAGAUAAAAUUUCCUUUGUAAUAUGUUUCCUUAAGCUUUGUUUACACUAUCAAAUUUCAUGUGACAAAAAAAAAAGUGAUUUGCCCAUAUAUGGGUACGAUGACGUCAUAUCACAUAUCAACAAAUUGUAUCAAAAUUAGUUGAACGUGUUCAACUCUAUGUUCUAUCAAUUGCUUUUUUCUAUGAAAUUUGAUAGUGUAGAUAAAGCUUUGGGCUUAGUCAAUUUUCUGUAGUAUUGGUCUAGCAUCCAAUACGUUGUACGUGUUAUACCUAUACUAUUUUUAUUGGUUUGUGCCAUU